UUCGCAAAAGAAUCUAUUCCGAAUAACAUGUCUACUAAUAGCAGGUCCUUUUCGACGGGAGUUGGGCGUCGUAUGGUCGUAUUGUUCUAUGGUCGUACCGUCGCACCGUACCCGUCGCCGUAUAAAGUCGUUUGGCCGUCCAUGAUAAAACAAUUAAAUUGUUUUAUCAUGCGGUCGUCGUAGUCAGGACGGUCAUGAUACAAAGUUGUAUUUGACAGCAAGUGACAACGGUACGACUUAAGACACAUUUUUUUUUUCGAAGCGCAAACGAAAUAAUGCGCAAUAUACGUAGAUAUUUUACACGACGCCCGCUCGUAGUAUCUAUUCUCUAUCGGUAAUCUGUAUUAUCACGAUUCGCGGUGCUCAAAUUCCAACCGUAGCGAACGACUAUUUUUUCUCAAUAAUUAUUAUUAUACAAUUGAUAACGGCUCCGUCGUUAGUCGCUGUCCGGGUGAGAGGGUGAGAACUGAAAAGCUUACCGUAGUGCGAUCUGCUCAUCGUGUUCGUCUGACGUCUCCGAAGAUGCGUUGAACCGAGUACGUAGUUGACAUUUUGAGGAGGAGCAGCUUGUACAUCAGGAACAGGAGCUCUCACUUUAUUCGACGAUUACGAUGGCGGACAGUGAUACCGACGACAUCCUGUCGGAGGGUUUCCUGGAACCCGGUGAACUAUUGGACAGCGACGACAAUCAGCCAGUCGACAACAGCACGUCGGCGCGCACCAGCCAGCCGAUGGCACAGCUCAACAGACCCAAAUUGAACAGAAAUACGUUCCAAGCAGCCUCCGCGUCCAAUUCGGAUCAGCAGCCCACAUCAGACAUCACAGACAAACAAGUCCAGUAUAUUCUAAACAGUCUUGGCAUGAACAAAAACAACAAAGACAUUCAGCUGAAUGCUUUACAUUUGCACGGAGUCAUGGGAAUGACCACUAAAGAUAUAAUCGAUUAUUUUGAUAAAUACGAUCCUAAAUUUUUGGAAUGGGUAUCAAAUUCCGAAUGUAAUGUUGUAUGGCUGGAUGAUCGAAUGCCCACUAAGGCGUUAUUGGACUUAACUCGACCGAUACGCGAGCUAAGACAUAUUACGUCUGCAGUUAAUGAUGAAUUAAACAAUGAACAUGGAGCUUUAAAUGAAAAUCAAAACGAUGACCACAUGGAUCAAGAUGACGUAUUAGUAUCAGAAGAUUAUGUCAGCUGUGUGGGUUACGAGUUGCCCCCAGGUAUGUGGCGAAAAGCGAUUAAGCCACAUGAAAAAUCCAAGUGCAUAUUGAUGAGAUACAGUACUGUGUAUGACAAACAAGAUGUAAAGAAUAAAAGUGCUGAUGUAGAAGACGGAGAUUAUGAAUUAUUUUCUCAAGAAAGUCGUAAACGUAAGUUUAUACCAGUCAUCAACCAUCCUGAUAUCGGAGAUGAAAUGUUGAAAGAUGACGUUCGGUGGAAAUUGGCCAAAAAUCCAGGAAUCAAUACUUGGACUGCAAUUGCCAAAACUUGGAGCCAAUAUGACAAUGCUAUGGAUAAUGCUAAAUACAAAUCCAAAGUACGUACUCCAUCACCACCACCGCCCACAUCAUCAUCAGGUGCAGCUAGUGAAGAUGAUGACGAUGAUUAUAAUGAUGCUAGGUAUAGAGAGAGCAAAAUACCAAGAAUGCGUAUGUAUGCAGACGAUGAGACACAAGCUACUACAAGGAAGCGUCUGAAUUCAAGUUCAAAUUCAAGACAUCAAGUUAAUAUAGCCAACGACUUGCGAGAACGUCUCAAUGGACGUUUGGUGUCUGCUAAAGUAGCCAAAGCAAUUCGCGCUGCCAAAGCGCAUCAGUAUCUUGAUGAUGAGUCUCUUGAAGUAGAUAUUGAAGAUGUUAAUGACGAGGAAUACACUGAUAUUCCAUUUAGCCGUGCAACUCGUCGAGAUAUUCCACGUCGCCAGUAUUUACAUGAAGAUGAUGGCGAUUACACGAGUGAUGAAGAUGUGUACGAAAAGAGAAACGUGAAGAGUAGACUUGGGCCUCAUAGAAAACAUAGUCAACGUUAUAAUGCUCGUUCUGUGUCUCCACUCCAGAUACAAAUUAAUAAUGAUAAAUAUAAGCGUAUAAAUCGGCGUUAAUAAUAACAUUAUGAAACAUGGAUAAUGUUUUUGAUUUUCAUAAAUCUUAAUGAUACAUUUUAAAAAUGAAUCUAUAAACUCUUAACAUAUUUAUACAACAAUUUAUUUUUCUAUUUUAUUGUUGUGAAAAAAUAAAACACAAUCAGUUGUGUGAUUAUGUAUA